CCCACCCUAUGAUUACUAUGGUUCUAUUUGUAUAUACUCUUAUGUACUUUACCUGUCAAUUAUUUUGUUUGGUCGAGGGCAACUAGCUAGUCAUGAGUCAAGGCCGAUCGAUGAGCCCGGCUACCUUUAGUGCAGUGUGGUACCACCAGCUAGCUAGUACGUACUUCCAUGUAUAGCUAGAUUGCUCUAGCAUAUGCUACUAUACAGGAAGAGGAGGGGACAAUAUGCUAAAGUGACCACCAUAUUCCUGCACGUACUCACUGUUGAGCUUGAAUUGAGGUUGAAAUUCGUCUCUGCAACCAUAGUCCUGCUUGAUCAUAGUACAUCGAUGUACCUCCGAAACCAUAUUCUUCUGCUGGUACUCAUAGUACAACGAUGCAGUCGAGCUGAGCCUGAAAAAUUCGUCUCUGCGAGACCUUUACGUACAUACCUGUAGUUCAGUCCUCUAGUCCACCACAAAAUUGACCAGACACCCAAUCUUUUCUCUCUAACUGUGGUGUAGGUACGUGUCUAGUACGAGUAGGCCGGCGCAGGAAAAUGAUGGAAAAUACACGGAGAGAGGUGGUGGUGGAUGUGUGAGAGGGGAGAGUAAUCCUGAAGUGCACUCAAAGAAACAUGCUGGCUGGCCUUUGCAUUCCAGCCCCUAAAAGCUUCACUAUCACAGCAAUAUGCAGGACCUUUUCAUUCCUCUUUUCUCUUCUAUCUUCUUCCAUUCCCACUUUACAAACAAGCUAUACUGGACUACCCACAUUCCAUGCCAUCAAGUGCUUGCAAUCAGCCUAGAUUACAAUUGUACUUUGUCCUCAGAAAAUAGAUCCAGGACAUGAUUGCAGUAGAUAGAUAGACAGAUUUGGUGUGGGCUAUAUAGGGUGCGCAUAAAUACGUCUGCUCUGCUCUGCUUGCUGUCAAGAGUCUGUGCUCACCUCUCAUUGCAGUGUUGCACGAGUGCGCCCAGCCAGCAGCCAUGAUCCUUCUCUAGAUCUCUAGCUAUCUAUAAAGAUCCUUUUCACCUUCUUUGGUCCACACGCAUACAACAUAUAUACAAGAUCGGUCGAUCGGUGGACAAGCUGUGGCCUCCACACAUGCAUCUACUAGUACUAAGUUGAAAAGGUUGUGCGCUUGAUUUCAGUUCAGAAGACAUCGAGCUAGCUUGCUAAGGUAGAUGCUAGCAAUGGAGCAGCACCAUGAGGAGGAGUCGUGUGUCCCCCCUGGGUUUAGGUUCCACCCCACUGAGGAGGAACUGGUGGGGUACUACCUAGCCAGGAAGGUGGCCGCCCAAAAGAUCGACCUCGACAUCAUCCAGGAGGUCGAUCUCUACCGGAUUGAGCCAUGGGACCUCCAAGAGAGGUGCGGUGGCGGCAGGGGAGGACGGGGAGCGCGUCAGGUGGCCGCGGAGGACGAGCAGUCGUCGGAGUGGUACUUCUUCAGCUUCAAGGACCGCAAGUACCCGAGCGGCACCCGCACCAACCGCGCCACGGCGGCCGGGUUCUGGAAGGCCACGGGCCGCGACAAGCCCGUAAUGUCGUCGAGGAGCCGAGGGGUAAUCGGCAUGAGGAAGACGUUGGUGUUCUACCGGGGUCGUGCGCCUAAUGGUAGGAAGACCGACUGGAUCAUCCACGAGUACCGCCUCCAGACAAACGAGCACGCACCCACACAGGAGGAAGGUUGGGUGGUGUGCCGGGCGUUCCAGAAGCCAACCCCGAACCAGAGGGCGUCCUACGUCUUCCCGGCAUACACCGCCGCUCCGGGCCUCGGGGGCUACUAUGACCCGCGGCCAUGGCUGCACGGCCAAGGCGGCGGCGACCUCCAAUUCUUGCAGAGCGCCGCUGGUGCUGCCGGAGCCGGCGCACUCGGGUUCCCCGGCCAGGGCGCCCAGUAUUCCUCUGACGAGCUGCUGGAGUCCAAGCAGAGUCUCUUCGGCAACAUCCCGCAGCUCAUCGAGAGCCCACCGACGACAACCUCCGUUGCCGGUUGCGGCGACACCGGCUACGGCAUCAGCCAGCAUGGAGAGAUGGCCGCUGGCAUCGACUGGAACUUCCUGGACAGCCUGCUGUCCACGUCUCAGCUCCACGAGUACUCUGCCACUGCUGCGUCACAGCUGCACCUACAGCAGUGAAUUAGAGUUAGCAGACAUACCGUAGCAGCAUCGAUUUCAUUGUAUACAUGAUUUGCUUAUAAUUAGUAUCAUUCAGUUCAGAUAGUCGAUGAUGUCCAUGUGCAUCUGUUGCACUGGACACUUGGUUGUACCUAGAUAGACU